GAACAUGUUGACCAGGAAUAUUAUCAUCUUCUGCACACUAGCAGUGCUGCUUGCUAAAGCGGACCUGGAUACAGCAAAUGGGGGUCUUCAAGCCAUGUCCACUGGAACAGAUCAGGACUCGACCUCUGAUGAAGCUCCCACUGAAAGCAUGAACUCUGUGUCACCUGACCAGCCCAAGGGUGAGCCACAUUUUUAUAACGGAGCCACAGCUGAUGCAAGCAGCACAAGUGCAGAAACAGGCCAGGCUGCUGAGCCUCAAGCCAAUGAUGUGACAACAGCCGAUGCCACAAAAUCCAGCACUGAAGAACGAGAUGAGAAUGAGAGUCCAGAGUCAGAAGAAGUGGUGAAAACAGCUCCAGUGCAGCGUCCUGCUAAAUCACAAACUGCAAACCAACGCAAGCGCAGUAAGCCUGUUGUGGCCUCCAAGAAAAGGAUGAGACCCCUUCGCUCCUGA